AUGGCAUUAAAUAAAUAUAUUGAUCAUAGUAGAGAAGAAUUGGAAUCUAAUGAUCAACAACACCAACAGGGAGCUGGACGAUCAUUAAAAUUAUCAACCAUUUUCAAAAUUGAAGAUUUUAUUCCAGAAGCAUUUAAAAUAUUGGUGAUUGGACAAGUUGCUGUUGGCAAAACAACCAUCGUCAGUAAACUAACUCAUGGUUCUUUUCCAUUUGAUAAGGAAAAAACUCAUAAACCAACUGUAUGUCAAUCAAUGUAUUUGGAAAUAUUUUAA